UGAUAUCAAGCGGUCAGCUUUAUUACAUUGGCAAAGAAAGAAAAGAACGGAAGAAAAAUUGUGUAGCUAUCUAACACCCAAAAUCUAUUAAACAUGAAAAAUUCAUAUGUCAGUUAUUCAAGUGUCAUCUCAACCCUCACGAUGCCAGCUGACAUAUUUCGGCCACUCGAUACUAGAACGGCCACUAUUUACAAUAACUGUAUCUCAGGACAUUAUAGCUUUCUUCUUGUUUUCAACUCAUCUACAACUAGCUACCCCUAUUAUCCACAUUUCAUGUCUCUCAAGCCGUUGAGCGCAGUCAUCAGUGAAUACCUCCAUCUACAU